AUGAAGAAUAUAAUAAAAAGAUUCACACAGAAUACCUCAACGGUGCGAGAGCGCGAAACCUCUAAAUGUGUAGAUACACAUCCUGCAACUAAAGAUAUAAAAUAUAAAGAAGAAGAAAAAAGAGAAAAGGUGAGUAUGGGAAAUACCAAUGGAACCGAUGACAAAAAAGAGAAUUUCUCCUAUAUUAACAGUUACCUAACAUCAAUUUUUGACUUAGACAAAAGUGAUGGUUCGGUUUCAUCAAAGGGAGAUAAAAUAAAAGGCAUUAGCAAAAGUAAUGAAUUCAGUGAUAACCUUUCGCGUUUACAUACAAAAAAUAACAGCUUAAGCAUGGAUUGGGAAUUAGAUAAUACGUAUGAAAGCGAAGUAAUGGAAAAUGAAAUUUAUCAAAAUGGCACUUCUCAAAGCAGGACAUCAAAAUUGGAAGAUCCAAAUGUGGCAUACUGUAGGGGAGCAACUUAUAGUCACCCAAGUGAUGCUAACAACUCACACCUGACGAACCAUGUAAACGAUUUAAACUUAAAAAAGACACACACGAGUGUAGAUGAAAGGGAUUAUAACAUGUUCGGAAGCAAAUCACUGUUUAAUAAUUUUGGCUCAUUUAACAGGAACGACGACGUAGGUUUCUGCUCUACAAAAAAUGAAGAAAUGUUAAGUUUCUCAAAAUAUAAUAAUGUGCAAAAUGAGGUGUGCGAGAAAAUGUACGAAGAGAAGGAAAUUCCAGUCGAUGAUUCUGUAAAUGAAAAUAAUCCAUCUGGGAGAUGUGAAAACUUCGGUACCUUAAAGGAUAACUUAUUUCCCAUGAUUACACAGGAGGAGAUUACAGAAAAUAAUGAAUGCCAAGGGAUUCAGCUAGAUAAGAGCACAUGUAGUAAUGACAAAAGUGAAGUAUUAGAACCAGGUAAUACAGGAAAACACUAUGAAAUGGAAAAAGAUGUAUUUGAUCAUGGUAGCAGUAAUAAUAAGGAAUUCAUUUGCAAUUAUUUUGGAAAUAAUUUCGAGUCAGAUGAGGAAGAAAGUGAAGAAGUGUUGGAUGAGGAAAAACUCGAGGAAGAGCUAAAUAUGGAAAAACACGAUGAAGCGUUGGAUGCUGAAAAAAACGGCAAAAAAUGUAAGGAAGAGCAAAAUUGUCCGCUCUUAAGUGGCUACAUAAAAGGGAAAAGUGUGCACUUUGAUUUUACAACAUCAGAGGAUAAUAAUCCCUUGAAUGAUGAUUCUACUCAAGCAUAUGAAAUGAAGUCCAAAAAUGAAAAAGAAGAUAUUUGUGCGAAACUGAAUAAUUCAGGAAGAAACGGUGAUAAUAUCUUGUUGUGUCUAGAAAAAAUUGAGGAAAAUGAAAAUCACAAAACAAAAGGAAGACUCCUUCGUUCUGAAAUAAAUGAAGGGGAUUACAAAAAGGACAUUUACGAAAACAACAGCUCGAAUGGAGAGAAUAUGGUUUUUAGCACGGAAAUGAUUACAGAAGUGCAGAGCGAAACAUGCCUGCAAGGGUUAAGCCCAGAGAAAAAAGACAUUGAUGAGAACAAGUAUAACAACAUAUCGUCUAGUAGUAUGCUGUUUCCUAACAACAAUAUUCUGAACAGUGGACAAUCAAGCUAUAUCAUGCAUUCCACGAAUAAUACAUUUUUAGAUGACUGGAAUUAUAAUUUUUCCAAAGCUGGCCUUAAUAUUAAGGAGUAUAACAAUUCAGAUAUAUACAACAAUUUAUUAGAACUAUUAAACGAUGGGACACAAAAUAUUGGGAAUGAUAAUAUAAAUAACGAAUUAGUUAUUCACACAGAUGAAGGUAUAAUUAGUGAGGAAAAGGCUGCAUACUAUCACGGGGGCAUUCUUCAGCAUGUCACAAAUGAGAGGGAUGAAACACAUGGAGAUGGAGAUCGUAUAAGUAAUAACUAUUUAUCUCAUCAGAAUAAUUACAAUAUAAUGCUCGAUUAUGCAAAUGGGAUGAACAGUAUCCAUGAUGCACAUACAAAUGAUUUGAAUGACAAUGCUAUGAAGUUUAACGAAUUAGAAAGAGGGGAUACAUUAGGGAACAACAUCAAUUCAAGCUUAGGAGGGAAAAAUUACUUAAAAUAUCCAUCUGCUCCUUUUGCUAAUUUCUACGUUAGCGAGCAGAGUGCCUUGCAAAAUAGCACGCAUCACAACAUACAUAGAGGAACGCCCAUACAAAAUUGUGUCACCAAAAAAAAAAAUGUAAUAUUUGAAGCAUUAAAAAAUAAGAUAAAAUUUCUACUCGAUAAUGAGGAUGAUGAAUUGUUGUUAAGUGAAUAUAUUAUGGAUGCUAUAAAUGAUUAUAACAGGAGCAAGUAUGUUAAGAAAAAUGGAGGAAGCGAAGGAGGAGACAAUAACAUGGCCACCAACAGGGACCUUGAAGAAAAUAUAAAAAUGGAUCAUCAUGCACUUAAAGAAGAUAGAAUAGUAGAGGAAAACAACUUGGGAAAGAAUGGGUUUAAGAAUGAUAAUGGAAUAGACGUAGUAAAAUACGCUGCUCUUCAGAUUACACAAAACAGUGCUCAUAAUAAUAAGACAAUUAAUUUCAACUCUAAUGGCUCAAAUGCGGGAAUGCGAGAAGUGGGGUGUAGUAUUGGUCACUCUAUUAAUUUGCUAUCCGAAAAGGGAAGGAAUGAAAUAUACAAUGAUGGAUAUUCUAACAUGAACGACAAUAGAAGUGAAGUACCACAAUAUUGCAUUAGUGGACGAGAUCAAAAUAAAUCAAAGGGAAGAGAAUUACGAGAGAGAGAUGGACGAGAAAGAGAAGCACGAAAAAGAGAAUUACGAGAGAGAGAAGGGCGAGAAAGAGAAGCACGAAAAAGAGAAUUACGAGAGAGAGAAGAACGAGAAAGAGGAUUACGAGAAAGAGAAUCACGUAGAAGAGAACAACGAGGAAGAGAACCACGAGAAAGAGAACCACGAGAAAGAGAAUCACGAGAAAACAAAUUUAAUAAGACCAAAUUACAAAACGGAGGGAAUUCGAAUAUAAGUAAUAACACCAGAAAGAGCAACAUUGCUAAUUUGAAAUUAUUCUUAACAAAUAGUUUAGUAGCGAAUAAGAUCAGUAAUUCUAGGGAGGAAGGAAUCAACGUUAGCAGUAGGUGUGAUGAACAUUAUUUGAACCCAAACCAUAGUACUGGAGAUGGUGAUGUGGAAAUUUUGGAACCAAGCUCUUUUUCACCUAUGGUGGAAUUAAGGACAAACAAUGGUAAUACCAUCAGUUACAUCAAUGGCCACAGUAGUGGUAGAAGUAACAAUGACAAUUCUCUAUUGGAAUCAAAUGGAGGAAAAAUGAAGAACAAACAAAACGAAGCGCUUGUCCCGAAUGGUAAUUUCCCUGUUAAAAAGCUAGAAAAGGGGAAAUGUGAAAAUAUGAAUCCAUUUUAUUGUAGUAGCACUAAUGCAAAUGGAGUUAAGGGAUUCAUCGAAAACGAGGACUACAAUCAGUUACACAUGCAUAAAAGUGAUAACUCAGAAGAAGCACAACGCAAAAAAAUACAUGAAAACUUGUUUUUGUUAAGUAGAAAGAAUAGUGGCAGUCGCGAAAAUGGUGGUGUUAUGGAUUAUAAACAAAAUUUACUUAACUAUGCUUCGCAAAAUGGCCGCAUGACAAUCCCUUCAUCUUCAAGUAUCCUAAUCGAGACACUAGAAAAGGAUGUAACAACACCAUAUGAACAGUACCUUCAAAAAGAAUCUGAGUAUAAAAAAAUUUUCGCGAAUACCUAUGCAAAUAAUAGAUAUGGAAGUGUAAAUAAUGAUAACUGCUUAACUCCAAAUGAGGUAAAUAUUUUUUUAAAAAGUAAAAGUGUGAUAACCCCCAAAUCGAAGAAUACAUGUUAUAAUGGUGUGGACAGCAGCACCAGUAGAAAUGCUUGUGAUGUAGGUGUUUUUGAAAAAGGGUAUUUCUUAAAUGAGUGGGAGGAAAAUUUGGCUUGUCGAAAUUUUAAUAGAGAUGAAAAUAGAGGGGAAGAAGAAGAGCAAAAGGAAGCUAUGACUUUUGGUGGGAAAAGGGAUUCUUUUUUUUGUGACAAAGGAGAUGAUCUCUUUUUUAUACAAAAAAGGAAGAAUCUGUUCAGUGAUAGUAGAAAGAAUUCCCUAUGGAAUAGAAAUAUCACAUCAAGAACAUCUGCUACUAGAGGUAGCUUCAGUGUUCAUGUUAAUCGUAGUAGUUUUAGCGUAAACCGUAACAAUGUGAGAAAAGGUAACCCUAGUUGUGAUUAUGAAAGAACCGAGAGACCAAUGUCACAGGAAAGACGCAUGAUGUCGAACUCGAAGAGUAAAAAAAAAUCCCCAGGCGUGCGAGAGUUGAUAUCAGGGGAGGAUUUGAGGGCACUUUUAUCAGAAGAAGAUGAACAUAAUUUAGAAAAGCUAUUGAACUCCUUAUAUGAUGACAGAAUUAUUCCUCUAAUAAUUAAUUUAAAAGGAAGAGCAGAUGAGUAUAAUUUUAGGAAUAUAUUAAAAAAUAAUAUAAAAAAUUCAUAUAGUUUAUACACAGAAAAGUACAUAGUAAAAGUGAAUUCUUCCUGUGCUGAUAAUUGUUUGGUGUAUUUUCUUGAUAGGAAAGUGGAUAGCGAUUAUUUUUUUUCUAUUAACGAUUCAGAAGAUAGAUAUGAUCCAAAGUUAUGGAAGCAAUUUGAAAAAUAUUUAAGGGAGAUAGCUGAUUCGGAAGAUCCAAAAUUGUAUUCAUUUUCCGGUGGUAGAUAUGGCAUGGCAAAAGAGUUACAAAAAAGAAAGUUACCUUUUUUUGAAGGAUUGUAUUUAGGUCACUUAUGUCAUAUUAUUCAUAUAAGUGCCACUAGGAAAAUAAUAGCUUAUGAAAAUAAUUUUAUAAAGCCUAUUUCUCAGUGUCGUAAAUAUGAGAAUGCACGAAUGGGUAUUCUUAACACGAGGGGACAAAAUAUGCAAAAUUAUAUAUCUUCCAUUGAUGAGUUAAAAUUUUAUUUAAAUGAUAUAUUGAAAUGCUAUAAGAGAGGCAUUAAUAUAUCGACACUGAAGGGAAAAAUGAUAAGCAAUUAUAACAAGAGGUUGUGCGAAAGUGUCUUUCACUGUGUCAAAUUGGUGGAACUUUUGCAGAUGGAGGAACUCAGGGAUAUCUGCGUGGUGGACAUGGAGUCUCGCAUGUUGAAGAGUGUCAGCAUGGUUUAG